UCGUGUUAUGUUGUAUGUAUGUAGGUCGUGUAGGUAGGUAGGUAUAUUAAUACGGUAAUUCCCCUUCGUCUGGGGAAAACGGGGGGAGUUGUACCGUGGAGUUGAGCGGAGGGGAGGGUUAUAUUGGGGGGUGUGUUUUGAUUGAAAUGACUUUGUUUUUGAUUUGAUCCGAGGGGUAGUUGGGAGGGAGGGAGGCUUGAGUAUUACUUAGGUAGGUAGGUAGGUAGGUAAUUAGGUGGUUAGUUAAGUUGGUUAAUCAAUAUGGAUGAUAGAUGGGGGAGGAUGACUGGGCCGGGCGGCCGUGUCCAUAAUCUCCCUUUGAAGAUUGCGGUUCGGGUGUUGUGUGUUUACGAAGCGAUGGGGAUGGGGUUCUUUGGGUAUGUCUGUCGUGUAUGUACAAGGCGGAUUUGGCAGCCUCGUUCUUCGUCCUUCUGUCUGGUUGUACUUACGGGUUUGGUGGUACAAGGUACGGUUCUCUGUUUGUGACUGACGCCGGUCCCUGUCCUUCGCCAUUCACCCAGUCUGCACGGGAGGGAGUGACGAAGUUCGUGCCGAGUGGACCUCCAUCUAACGCUUCAUCGGAAUUGCUGAGGCAAAGAACGAUGGAUGAUUGCGGGCAGAUCUGUUGAUCCUUGACAAUGCCGUGGUUUGGACGGGGGAUGGAUGGUCGCGUUCUGUCUUGAGUGAAUGAAGGGGGUGGGAAAAAAAUUGAUGACUUUUGUGUACGAAGUAGGGGAAAGAGAGUGAGGUCGUCUGUGUGAGUGUGGCAAAUGAGUGUCG